CAGGACAUAAUUUAGACAUCAAAUAUUUUUAAACCUCAGCAGUCCGCAGUGCUGCAUGCAGGAGAAAGUUUUCUCCUAGAAACAUAAAAUACUACGAAAAGCUUGAACGCUCUACUUUUGAAAUAAAUAUAGGUAGCAGCUAAACAUGUUUUACAGCUUUGUGAGGGGAACAAAUCGCCCCCCCCUCUGGCAAGUAGCGCUAUUCGUAUGAUAAUGACGCGAGAAUCCCGCAGCCGUCACUGGGUCAACGAAACGCGCGAAGACUCCCAUUAACUGGAGCGCAUGUCUAGGGUUUCUUUACACUGGCUGAGGAGCUGCAACCUUUUAUUUUGUGACGUGGGAUAGAUUUCACUGAGGAAACACGAACAGAGGAUAACUGCAAACAGAACUGGGUAAUACAGGUCCAGAGAGUAAAAGAUUUUAUUUCAGUUGAGUCCUCUGUGAAACAAAGGACUGGUUGGCUGAAACAGAAUCAUGGUCUGGACUUUUACUCUCUGGACCCGACGUACCCAACUCUGCCUACGAAUCCGAGUGAGCAGUACGUUCGGAUUUAUUCGAUUGUGGUGUGCUGUUCAGGCUAACGUGGGGAUAACGCGGGAAGAGACAUCUUAAAUUGCAUAUUGGCAAUGAGUUAACGAUCAUGAAAAGCGCUGGGGUCCAUCUUCGUCUCACCAGGGCACGCUCACGUGCCCCCCAACUCCCCACAGGAUGCUCCAGGAGAAAGCUGUCCAGGAUGAUACCGGGAAGAAAAUACCUGCAUCUUCACCGAGUGGCCAUCUUCUCAGGAAGCCCGAAUAAUAGCAGCUGACCAGCCUCAGGAUCCACAUUAUUCUUUGGUGACUAGGUCGCAACCGAAAUUCACAGAGUAAACGUGGCUGCAGCAGCCGUGGGGACGCCCUGAAGCGGGACGCCCUGAAGCGGGACGCCCGCACGGUCAGCACAGCAAGAAUCACUGCAGCACCAGAGGAAGUACGUCAUCGCCAUCGUCCUCAUGGUGGCGCUGUCCGUCUUCGGCGUGAUCAGCUACACUGAGAGCUCCUCUGUGCUGCUGCAGCAGGUGUUUGGCCAGCGCAAGGCGCCCAAGCCGCACGCGGGAUACGUGCGGGUCCCGGAUCAGGAGCCGCUGAAGCUGUCCUGCGACACGUGCAGCGUGGUUUCCAGCUCGGGGCAGAUGCUGGGCCGCCUGGCAGGAGCCGAGAUCGACCGCGCUUCCUGCGUGUGGCGCAUGAACAGCGCGCCGACGCGGGGCUUCGAGGCCGACGUUGGCCGCCGCACCUCGCUGCGGGUCGUGUCCCACACCAGCGUGCCGCUGCUCGUGCAGAGGCAGCACUACUUCUUCGGCCAGGCCAACGACACGGUGUACGUGGUGUGGGGGCCCCUGAGGAACAUGAGGCGUGACGGCCGUGGCAUCGUCUACAACAUGCUGCGGCAGGUGAUGGAGAGUUACCCUCGGGCACGUGUCUACGUCACCACGGAAGAGCGUAUGAACCACUGCGACCGUGUCUUCAAGGAGGAGACCGGCAAAGACAGGAUACAGUCGGGGUCGUACCUGAGCACGGGCUGGUUCACGCUCAUCCUGGCCAUGGACAUGUGCAAGGAGAUCCACGUCUACGGCAUGAUCAACGACACCUACUGCAGGACAGAGGGCUACCGGAAAGUUCCAUACCACUACUAUGAAGCCGGAAGUCGAGAUGAAUGUGCCGAGUACCUCCUGCACGAGAGCGCCUCCUACGGUGGCCAUCGCUUCAUCACUGAGAAGUCCGUCUUCGCCAAAUGGGCCAAAAACCAGCAGAUAAAAUUCCUGCACCCGUUGUGGUCGGUGUCCUGACCGGGGAGGCUCGGCGUCCAGCCCCUCGCCAGGGGGGAGGACAGACACCCAUCGGUGCGGAAGCUGACCGCAGUUCUCUGCCCGUGGGUCAUUUUUCCGUUUUCUUUUUCCAACUGUGAAAUACUGACCUUGAGCAGCAGUAGUGAGGGGGAAAUGCCACAGGCCACUACAGCGCCACCUGCUGGAAGCGGUGCUGUACGCUGCUCUGAUCAUGGCUGUUUGGUGGGGGAAGAGAACCAAUACCCUGAUUUGCAUUCUGUUUCACAGCGAGAUACACAGAGCAGACCUCAUGGUGACAGCUGCUAUCUGGAAGGUGUGUGUUCCCCUUCAGCGUACAUGCGCCCCCCCCCCAGACCUGCCCUGGAGCACUGGGAUUUUGGCAUUUCCGGCGCCGGUUAAGGGUCCCUGUCCUCUGUUUGAUCUUGGACGAGCUCUGACGGCUCCCUUACCUGCCACAUGGUCCCACGCACGGGGGAGUUGCUGAUGUCGGCAUGUUUGUUUUACGGGGUGUUCCCGCUGCUAAUGUGACGUCAGUUCCCCGAGCACCGAGCAUCUCCGAAUGCUCCGGGAAUGUCACCGUUGGGGGCCGUGCGACGCCGACUCCCUAUUGCCACCCCCCCGUGUCUCUGCCCCUGUCAGCUGAUGUACCAUCACGUAUGAAUGGGCUCCCCACCUCCUUUAAUCCUUCCUCUUUUGGGCAGCAUUCCAUUUCACUCCCUGCAUCUCUAUCAGAGGUCCUGCCUUGCCCCCCUCCCCGCCUGCAGGCCCGGAGUCUGACUCGGAACACAGCUGGGGGCCCCUGACAGCAUGCAGAUGGCACGGCACCAUGCGCUUAGACCGAGGCAUAUGUUGCUUCUUCAGACCCCCCGUUGUCGGUCACCAUGGAGAUGGGCGUCGCUGGCAGCAAGUGGGGGCUUACCCCCCUCAUGGACGUUUCCAGAGAAUAAAAGGUUAUCGGUGAUGGUGUUCCUGGUUAUAUGGAGUGACUCUGUAUGGCCCCGCUCCUGUGUGGGGAGUCUCUGGUGACUGCAUCAUAGAGCUUGGAAAAAAUUAAGAGACCACUCUAUAUUUUUAAACAUAUCUGCAUUUUUAAAUCCUGAUUUAAUCAUGGCUCUGCAGACAGAAGGCUACGCCGAGCAGCAGGUCGCUUCCAGGUUCAAAAUUUCUAAGAGCGCAGUGCACAAGAGGAAGGAGAAGCAGGAGGCACUGGGAACAGCCAGAAAGCAGUGGAAGCGACCUUUUAAUGCCAGACGUGGCUGUCUACUUACCCGAGAGUUUCUCAUGAAUCGGAGGAUCACCCUAAUUGACCUUGCAAAGGAAUGGGAAACAUUAAGUGCAGGUGUGAAGCGCACUGCUAGGACAGUGUGUAUCAGGCUCCUAGGAGCAGGACUGAGGUCCCAUACAGCCAAGAAGAAGCUCUUCAUUAAUGAGAAACAGGGAAGAACCAGGCUGCAAUAUUCUCUCUAUCUAAAAAAUAUUUAUAUUAGUCACAGACACACACCCAUAAAUUGAGAUAUGAGUGAAACAAAAAAUUGUGCUGUGGUCUGUUAAUUUUUUCCACAGCUGUAUA